GAGCAGGCUACAGCAACGAGGUUUCUGGGAGGCUGGUGAUGCUUUUUUAAAAGGAGAUCCUCACGGGCGUUCAAGCUCAAUCUGACAGCCCAAUCAGCAGCACGAGUAGGCCACAGCAAUGAGGAUUUUCUCAGCCUCUGCUGUGAGAAGACGAGUAACAAGUGAUCUUCAGUACCAGCUGAGGGGCAAUGUUGGGCACAGUGAUGCUGCUGUGGCUCUCCCUGGGCCUGGCACUGUGGGGCGAAGCCAGCUCACCUCCACACUCCCUCCAGUACUAUCGCCGUGCCUCUGUGUUCGCUGACCUCAGUGUCACCGAGAUACGGGCAGUGAGGAACUAUCUGCUAUCUCAUAAGCAUCUCAACCUCUCAUCUGCCAGAACACUGACGCUCAGGAAAAACUACAUCUUCCUCAUCGAGCUGCAGCCCCCCAAAAAGCAGCAGGUGCUCCAUUUCCUGCAGGGAUACAUCUGUCCCCCAAAACGCGAGGCCAGGGUGGUGGUCUUCUUUGGUGCCGAGCCAGUCCCCAGAGUCACUGAGUACGUGGUGGGCCCACUGCCUCUGCCCCGGUAUCACCACCCUGCCAGGCCAAAAGGCAGCAGCUCCAUCAAGUUCUCGUCCCGACCCACCACAUCGGUCGAGUACAAGCUCCUGUACAGGAAGCUGGCCCAGGUUACCAAGGUGGCCACCCCACUGCUGAGGGAGAUCAGCGGCGCCUGGUUCCACAACUGCACUGACCUCUGCCUGACCUUUACGGACGUGGCCCCCAGAGGGGAGAGGUCAGGGGACAGAAAGUCCUGGUUCAUUAUCCAGCGAGAUGUGGACGCUUUCUUCAUCCAUCCGAUUGGCUUGGAGAUCCUGCUCAACCACAAGAGUACUGACCCCAGGCUCUGGGCCGUGGAGAAGGUCUGGUACAAUGGCCAGUACUUUGACAGCAUGGAACAAUUGGUGGAGAAGUACAACAGAGGACUGGUGGCUACGGUCAAACUGCCCGAACUCCACAAGGAGAACCUCUUCUCCUCCUACCGUCCUCGCGGACACUUUCAAACCGAAACCAGUACCCGUGGGCCCCAGGCCUGGCAGCCACACGGCCAGAGGUACUGGGUGAAGGGGAACUUGGUCCUUUACGGAGGCUGGAGCUUUGCCUUCCGAGUCCGUUCAUCCACGGGCAUCCAGCUCUUCGACAUCCAGUUCAAUGGUGAGCCCAUCGCCUAUGAGAUCAGCCCGCAGGAAGCUGUUGCCUUCUACUCUGGCCACAGCCCUGCCACCAUGCAGACCAAGUACAUAGAUGCAGGCUGGGGAAUGGGGGUGAUGGGAUACGAACUGGCAAAGGGCAUCGACUGCCCAGAGUUCGCCACCUACAUGGACACCUACCACUUCUUCGACAGUGACCAACCUGUACGCUACAGGAACGCCCUGUGCAUAUUCGAGUUUCCCACUGGGAUCCCCCUCCGCAGGCAUUUCAACAAUAACUACAACGGAGGCUACAACUUCUACGCUGGAGUGGAGGGUCAGGUACUGCUGCUGAGAACCACGUCCACCGUCGACAACUACGACUAUAUCUGGGACUUCAUCUUCCAUCAGAACGGGGUGCUGGAGGUCAAGGUCCACGCCACGGGCUACAUCCACUCUUCCUUCUUCACUCCUGAGGGGCUCAACUAUGGCAACAGGGUCCAGCAGAAUCUGCUGGGCAACCUGCACACCCACCUGAUACACUACAGAGUGGACCUGGAUGUGGCAGGAACCCACAACAGCUUUGAAACAUUGGAGGUCAAGCUGGAGAACAUCAGCAACCCUUGGAGGCCAGGGGACCACAUUGUGCAGUCUCGACUGGACCGGGUACAGAGGGCACGUGAGCGGUCAGCUGCCUUCGCUUUCCGCAAACCGCUGCCCAGGUAUCUGGUCUUCUACAACCCUACACAGCAGAACAAGUGGCAGCACCCACGGGCUUAUCGCAUCCAGAUCAACUCUCAGGCUGACCGUGUCCUGCCACAGGACUGGAAGGAGGAGAAGGCAAUUACCUGGGCAAGGUAUCACUUGGCUGUCACUAAAUUCCGGGAGAAUGAAUGUUGCAGCAGUAGCCUCUACCUGCAGAACGACCCCUGGGAUCCCAAUGUCAGCUUCGAGACAUUCAUUCACAACAACGAGAACAUCACCAACCAGGAUCUGGUUGCCUGGGUAACAGUCGGCUUCCUACACAUCCCCCAUGCUGAAGACAUUCCUAACACCAGCACUCCUGGAAAUGCUGCGGGGUUUCUCCUCCGCCCCUUCAACUUCUUCCAGGAGGACCCGUCAGUGGCCUCACGGGACGUGGUUAUUGUUCGGCCAGAUGGGUCCGGUGUAAAUGUCAAGAGGUGGACAGAGAUUACCAGUCACCAGUGUCCAGCCACUCGUCCUUUCACCUACAAUGGCACCUACCUUCCGGUCUGAGGAGCACUGUCCAUGGCCUGGCAGGACUGGGACUGUAAUCAAUAACCAUUAGCCUUACUAAACCCUCCCUCUACCAACACCCAACAACUUCCCCCAAUACCCUGCCACACUGCCCUGCACUAACACCUUCACACAGGUCCACACACAAUCACCCCUGCACAGGUCCAAUCAAACCCCAAAACCCUCACCCAAUGCCCUGUACCAACACCCUGAUAAAGUCACUUCUCCUCAGGUCUUACCAACCCUGCAAAACACUGCACAAAUACUUUGCCCAAACACCCUCUAACAUCCACAAACAAUUACCCAUCCACAGUUAGAUAUUAACCAUCACACCCAUUCCCAGCACACAUAAUACAGUCAACCCUUCACAGGUUCCCCUCACACCCCAACACCCGAAACCAAACCAUAACUCACACACACACCUUCCAUCAACCAUUACACCGGGACCUCUCCACGACUGGUUAAUCCGCUGAGUGCCAAAGGUUUCUGCUCCAUCAGUUGUAAGGUUGAAACCUCAGUGUUUAUUUGUACUGAAACACAGAAUUAAAUCAUCUUCCAAAGCUUUCUCU